AUGCUUUUGGCCUCCUCGCGCUCCCUUCUCCUUUAUGACGAGCUGCAGGAACCAGUCGUCCAGCUGUCCUCGCUCAGAACACGUCUGGUCCACCCUUGCAUGACUGUUCUUACUCAGAAACAGAGCAGCAGCCAGCUGUUUCCCGACGUCGCCACAGCGCACGAGCCACCCACCAUUGAGAGCAAGUGUUGUCAACUCACAGCCGACGCCCGUGAUGGGCUCGCCGGAAUUGCAGUCGACUCAGCUAGCCGGCAAGCAUACACCAUGGAGUGGCUUGUCUAG